AAGCCGAUGGACUCUGCCAACUCUCCCAAUUCUCUCGCACCUAAUAGUCAGGAAGCCGACCUCCUUGCUCGCAGUAUCAAAUGAAUCAAGGAGGACCCUCCCCCUGCACCUAUUCAAGAUGCUACCAUGUCUGAUAAUGCAGGUAGUGCUCCUGCACCCACAAUUGCUCUCCAAUUUGAUGUUCUAAUGGAUGCCCCUCAAACUCAGCCUCAGCCUCAGCCGGCAAACCAUCUACAACCGUUAUCUUAUCGUGAUAAACUUCUUUUAGAAGAGAAAUCAUCAGGCAUCUCCUUUGCCACUAUCCCAAGCUACUUGGAGGAAGAUUCAGACGUUGACGAUGAUCCGGAGAAUGAGGUGCCUAUUAUACUGUUGUCUAAAGCAGAGAAGAGGCGCAUCAGGGAACCAUGGGCUAACUCUCUGAUUAUUAAGGCAUUUGCUCCCAAACCAGUUGGCUACAACUUCCUGUAUCCGCGUAUCAAAGCUCAAUGGAAACCAUUGGGUAAAUGGGACUUCAUUGAUCUUGGGAAUGACUUCUUUUUGGUUCGCUUACAGGAUGAAGAGGAUCUGAAGCGGGUAAUAUUUGGAGGACCAUGGUUCGUGGGCCCUUACUAUCUCACCAUUCGGCGUUGGGAACCCAAUUUUGAUCCUAUGUCAGCUACUUUCUCCACUACCGCAAUCUGGGCUAGGUUGCCACAUUUAUCAGCAGAUCAUUAUGAUCCCAUUACUCUUGAGAAAAUCGGCAACAAAAUUGGUACCCUUCUUCGAGUAGACGCCCAUACAGCACACCAUACACGAGGACAAUAUGCUCGUGUGUGUGCUCAAGUUGACUUGGGGAUGAAACUUGUUCACUCAGUUAGAAUUGGCAAGAAAUUUCAAAAAGUGGUUUAUGAGGGUGUGGAUGCUUUAUGUUUCUCCUGUGGCCGUAUCGGCCAUAGACGAAAUCAAUGCCUCUCUGUCCAUCAUAAAGCCACCUCCUCCCAAAGCAUUAAUAUUAAGGAUAGCAGACAGUGUCAAUCCUCCGAUGAGAAUGGCUCAGAUAACAGGCUUCAUUCAGAUUCCCAUAUACCCAGCCCAAGUACCUCUGAAGAUUCUAUGGAUCUCCAAUUGAGUGAUAGAGUUCUUGAUCAGUACGAGCCUUGGAUGCUUGUUGAAAGGAGGAAACCUCGUCGAAACAAUCGUAAGUACAGUAAUUCCGAUAAACCUGAACCAUCGACGUUAGUUAACUCCCACAUUCCAAUGGACAAGAAUGAACUUGGGGCCCCAACCCGCAAGCAUAGUUUGAAAGGCCCAACUGGUCCACAAGGUUCAAAAUCCAUUCAAGCCAACGGGAAAGUGUCAGAAGCAUUUAAUGAGAAAGCCGUUAUAACGGCUACUGGUAGUUCCCAUAGCAACCCUUCACUCCUCCUAGCUAUUUCCAGUAAACCCACUUCCAAGUCUGCCAACAAGGUCCCUCAUAAGCAGCCUUCUCCUAGUUCGGUUCCUAAACCCAUUGGCCCACCCAUUGGCCCACCCAAGGCCCAAGUUUACAAACCUAAAUCCACUAACAUUGUUAAUACUUCCAAGCCCAUCCCCACACUUGGCAUGUCUGCAAACCCACCCAACUUGCAUCCCCGAUGGAGUCUUCCCCAACAUCCAACCCCCUCCCUCACCCAACCCCCCUGUUACUCCUUUUAUCUCACAACCCCCGGCUUCCUUCUCUUCGACCCCUCUCCCCUUUCAGUCCGAUGAAUACCCCACCCUUCUUCCCACACAUUUGACUGUGGGAAAUUUUCUUACUAUCCAAUGGAGAUCUGAU